UACAACAAAGAGGACUUCCACGUAUGAGCGCACCUCUUUAUUUUUCAGAGCAAUAUAAAUAAGCCUUUCAGCUCUUUAAAAUCAUCAAGCAAAGGCAUUCGCAAUGGAAGGAGCAAACAUUUCCAAUCCAGCGGAAAAGAGGUGUGCAGUUGUUACAGGGGCUAAUAAGGGAAUCGGAUUGGAGAUCAUUCGCCAGCUGGCAUCCAACGGUAUUACCGUCAUAUUAACGGCUAGAGAUGAGAAGAGAGGCUUGGAAGCUGUCGCAAACAUCAAAGAAUCUGGGCCGUCUGAUGUUGUUUUUCACCAGUUAGAUGUGAAGGAUUCUGUUAGCAUUGCUUCGUUAGCCAAUUUCGUCAAAACCCAAUUUGGGAAACUUGAUAUCUUGGUGAACAAUGCUGGCAUCCAUGGACUUGUAAUAGACUCUGAUGGUGUAACAGCUUUACGACUCCUAGGUGGUGAGAUGGAUGAAGAGAAAAUGAAGAUAGCAAGGGGAUUGUGGCAGGAGACAUAUGAAAUGGCAGAAGAGUGUCUGAAAACCAAUUACUAUGGCAGCAAAUCAGUAACUGAAGCUCUUUUCCCACUCCUUCACUUAUCCAAAUCACCCAGGAUUGUGAAUGUUUCAUCCAUGGGGGGGAAGCUGGAGCUCAUCCCCAAUGAAAAGUUUAAAGAAGAAGUGAACCAUGUUGAUGGCCUAACCGAGGAGAGAUUAGAUGAAUGGCUACAAUCAUAUCUGAAGGAUUUCAAAGAGGAACGGUUGGAUAAACAUGGAUGGCCCACCACAACAUCAGCAUAUAUAAUCUCAAAAGCUGCUCUCAAUGCCUAUACAAGGAUUCUAGCCAAGAAAUUUCCCACUUUCUGCAUAAACAGUGUGCAUCCUGGUGCCGUGAAAACAGAUAUGAACCACCUUUGGUGGACGGAGACCCUUGAAGAAGGCGCUCAUGGGCCUGUUAUGUUGGCGUUGCUGCCCGAUGGUGGGCCAUCUGGCCACUUCUUUGAUCAGAUGAAGAUGUCAACAUACUGAUAGGAAAUCAUUGGAAAAUUUUAAGGGCUGUGAUUACUUCUCUCCUUUGUUUAUCCUGACCGCUUGUGCAUGUCAUGUUUCAAAAACAUGAAUUUAAAAUAAAUAAAUAAAUAAAGAGUUUUUUAUUUUUUAUUUUUUUUGAGUUUAAUCCCACAUCUGAAUUUUAUUGAUUGAAGAAAUAACAUAGUUGUAAAGCAAUGUCGAUCCACCAAAUAACAUAGAUGGAGCAUAGCCCAGAAAUUAAAGAGAAGACAAUAUUAGCUAUAUGAUUUUUAUUUCGAAUUUGGACCACUCACUCAUCAAUGUAAUCUAGAUACAUGAUCCAUACAAUGGACCAGAAUUUGGAUGGUCUGAAUAUCUGUACGUCA